UAAUGUAAGAACUUCAGGUGUCUGUUGGUCAGAUGAAGAUGAAAAUGUAUCUCCCUCUUUCAGCAAGAUCAUGUGACAUGAACUACUAGUUCCAGCUGUUGAGUCUACACGCUUGCUACACAAUAAAGCCAAACGUUUCUACGUCACAUAAUUCCCGUGACGUCACAGACCGCUCCUUUAUAUAAACGCCGGUUCGACGCAGCAGGUUGUUUUCGCUUCAUCAUGGCGUUACUCGGGAAGUUAAAGAUUAAGGAGUCGCGCUACACUGAGGUCUUGAAAAGGGCGAAGAGAAACGGCCUGUGUCACACCUACUUCAGUCUGAACGGAGAUCGUUACACUGGAGAAUGGAAAGAUGGCAGGAGACACGGGACUGGAGCUCAGGAGUUUAAGAAAUCCAGAACGAUGUAUGAGGGGGAAUGGAAACAGAACACGCGAGAUGGAUACGGGGUUCUGAGCAAACUUCUCCCAUCUUCUAAAGAGUACCAGAUCGUGUACAAAGGAACGUGGAGGAACGACCUGAGGAACGGAUUUGGUACAAACAUCUACAGCUCGAGCUCGCGAUAUGACGGGGAAUGGUUCAUGAACGAGAGGUGUGGAUGGGGAAGGAUGUAUUAUGAAAAUGGAGAUGUUUAUGAAGGACAGUGGAUGGACGAUAAACCCCACGGCCAGGGCACGUUGUUCCUCAAAGACGGGAACUCGUAUAAAGGGUUCAUGAAGGCCGGAAAGAAGCACGGCCAUGGACGCUUCUUCUACAGAAACCUCGAUCAGGUGUAUGAGGGAUUCUGGCAGAAUGAUACACCUGUGUGUGGGAUGUUGUGCCAAAACAAAUGGAAGACCACCCCCUCGUUAGAAUCGAGCCUCAUCCCAGCAAUGAUGUUGAGACAUGCCCAAAGGAGCUCUGAAGCACAGACUGGAACGAUACCGGUCCAGGAAAAAAAAGAAUGACGACCUUCUUUUCAUGGACCUUCUGGGAACUCGGGAAAUGGUCUCGAGAACUUGGGGUCACGUGGUGCGCGCACGCGACGAGCAGUAAACAAUAAUAUACAGCAUCAGAAUAUAGUGUAAAUAAACCUGUAAAUAUAAACAGAAAGGCUCUAAAAAGUGUGCAGAAACUGUUGCACAA